AUGUCAACAACUCCUUUCUCCUUGCUGGGAAAUAACAAAACAAACAAACAACCAUCCUCGAGCCAACUGGUCAACUUGAAUUCGAAAACUCCUGUCAAGAUCCAUUGGAAAACACCAAAGCAAACAAUUGCCGGUCAAUCGUUUUGCCAACAUCAACCAACGAAGACUAUUUCCAUUUCAUUCGAGGAUCCUUUGUUUCAAUUCACAAAAAAAAAUUCGGUUACGACGGAUUCUAAAUCGAGAAAAUUAGACCCUUGA